UUGUUACAUAAUUACAGUGACGGAGUGAACUUACUCAGACAGAAAUAUAUAUAUUGUUAUUGGAAUAAUCGAUUGAGGAAAAAAUGGGAAAGGGGAUAGUGUGUGUGACAGGAGCGUCAGGAUACAUAGCGUCAUGGCUCGUCAAAUUCUUACUUCAACGCGGUUACACUGUCAAAGCUUCUGUUCGCGAUCCUAAGGACUCUAAAAAGGUAGACCAUUUGCUCAAACUUGAUGGAGCAAAGGAAAGGCUUCACUUGUUCGCUGCGAACCUGCUUGAAGAUGGCUCGUUUGAUGCCGCAGUUGAAGGCUGUGAAGGUGUUUUUCAUACAGCAUCUCCCUUUUACCAUAAAGUCACUGAUCCACAGGCAGAAUUGAUUGAUCCUGCAUUGAAAGGAACACUAAAUGUGCUUGGUUCGUGUGUAAAGGCCUCAUCUGUUAAAAAAGUGGUGGUGACAUCCUCUAUAGCUGCAGUUGCUUACAACGGCAAGCCUAGGACUUCUGAAGUUGUAGUUGAUGAGACUUGGUUUUCUGAUCCAGACAUUUGCAAGGAAGCAAAGAUGUGGUAUGUGCUGUCCAAAACUUUGGCGGAAGAUGCUGCAUGGAAAUUUGCAAAAGAAAAAGGUUUAGACAUAGUCACCAUAAACCCAGCAAUGGUGAUUGGUCCUCUAUUACAGCCAACACUCAAUACCAGUGCUGAAGCAAUUGCAAAUCUAUUGAAUGGGGCACAAACAUAUCCGAAUACUAGCUUUGGAUGGGUUAAUGUGAAAGAUGUUGCAAAUGCGCACAUCCAAGCUUAUGAAAUUCCUUCAGCAAAUGGGAGAUAUUGUUUGGUGGAAAGAGUUGCUCACUUUUCAGAAGUAGUUGAGAUAUUGCGCAAGCUUUAUCCUUCAUCUCACCUUCCAACAAAGUGUGCGGACGACAAGCCUUUUGUUCCCAUAUAUCAAGUGUCAAAGGAGAAGGCAAAGAGUUUGGGCAUCGACUACAUUCCCUUGGAACAAAGCCUCAAGGAAACUGUGGAUAGCUUGAAGGAGAAGAACUUUAUUGGGACCUCAUCGAACAUGUGAAGUCGCUUUCUCAAAACCCGUCCUGGAUAUCAAAAAACGAAUAAAGAUCUUUAGAUUAUCAAAAUUUAAAAUCAGAACCUGAUGUGUAUUGUGUUAAAUCAGUUAUGGACCUAUAAACAAUUUAGUCGGUCCUAAUAAUAUUGUGGGGAGUGGAUCCAAUUACUCUUAA